GAUUGAUGUCGAUACUUCCACUUAUCCUGGCAGCGGGCGAUGACGCGCACGUUUAACACUUGGGGAUUUUGUAUAUUUCGGCGGAGAGAAUUCGCCCCGGGCUGUUUGACUGUAGAUCAGUCCAAAACCUUGGCGACGGGUUAAGUCAGGCCAAAAAAAAUCACAUUAUAUAAAAGCAUCGGGUGCAGACCACACUGAUUGGGAAAACAAGUGCACGCAGCUCCCUGGCGGGGGGGGUGCGAGAUGGUAGAGCUGAAGCAGACGGUAGAGAUGGGGGAGGUGGCUGAGCUGCAGUCGGAAGAGCCGGAGGGCAGCGCCCCCCAGCUCCCGGCACAGGCGGCCUCCGCUCCGGGAGCAGCGCCCGGCUCUCCCGUCCCCGAAGGCGGCUUCGGCUGGCUAGUGGUUUUCGCCAGCACCUGGUGCAGCGGCUCCAUUUUCGGCAUCCAGAACUCGUUCGGGAUUCUCUACGUGAUGUUCCUGGAAGAGUUGGAGGUUGUCAAGGAGCCGAGCAUCCGGUUUAAAACUGCAUGGGUAGGUGCAGUCUCAAUGGGGAUGAUUUUCUUCUGUUCUCCAGUAGUCAGCAUUUUCACUGACUGGUUUGGAUGCAGGAAGACAGCAAUGGGCGGUGCAGCAACGGCUUUUAUUGGACUUCUUUCCAGCUCCUUCACAAGGUCCCUGGAACUGAGGUAUUUCACCUAUGGAAUUCUCUUUGGAUGUGGAUCAUCUUUUGCUUUCCAGCCUUCAUUAGUCAUUCUUGGCCAUUACUUUAGAAGUCGCUUAGGACUUGCAAAUGGUGUGAUGACAGCGGGUAGCAGCCUGUUUUCCGUCACUAUGCCUUUUCUGUUAAAGAAGAUUGGCGAAGCACUCGGUCUAGCUCAUACACUGCAGAUUCUUAGUGUACUCAUGUUCAUACAGAUAUUUUUAUCUUUGAUGUAUAAACCUCUGUUGUCUUUGCCCUCUGGUGGAGAAAGAAAUAAGCCUGACAAAACAGAAGAACCGAAGUGCCUCCAGCGAUUUAAGAAGUACCUAAAUCUAAGAGUGUUCAGGAAGGUAACAUACAGGGUUUGGGCCUUUGGAGUCGCCACUGCAGUAUUAGGCUACUUUGUGCCAUAUGUUCACUUGGUGAAUUUUGUGAAACUUGAGUUCCAAGAAACUAACAGAACUUGGAUCCUGCUAGUCUGCAUUGGAGCCUCAUCAGGUAUUGGACGUCUGAUGUUUGGAAAAAUUGGUGAUUGCAUCCCUGGACCUAAGAAGAUCUUCCUGCAGGUGGCAUCCUUUUGGAUAUUGGGGAUUAUGUCCAUGAUGAUACCGCUGUGCAAAGUUUUCGAACACGUACUUAUUGUUUGUACUUUCCUGGGAUUCUGUGAUGGCUGUUUCAUCACAAUUAUGGCCCCUAUUGCCUUUGAACUCGUUGGACCUCAAGAUGCAUCACAGGCAAUUGGCUUCCUUUUGGGACUUAUGGCUAUUCCUAUGACUGCAGGACCACCUAUUGCAGGAAUUCUCUUUGAUCACUUAGGCAACUAUCGAAUGGCUUUUUACCUGGCUGGACUUCCACCGAUUAUUGGGGGAUCAGUUUUGUUCUUUAUUCCUUUAAUCCACAACCGAAUUCGCAACAGGCAAGAGAAAGAAGAGCCUGGUACUGACAGGAUGUUGUUAGCUUCUGAAAAUGUAUUCAAUGGGGACAUGCUUCCAGGCAACACCAAUGCAGAAGUGUCUGCAUAGACAAUGAGGCCAUGCUGUUCUUUCCUACAUUCCGGUAUGGACCCUUACCAGCACAAACAGUGACAGAGUCAUACAGUAUGGAAACAGACCGUUUGGUCUAACCAGUCCAUGCUGACCACAAUCUUAAACUAAACGAGUCCCACCUACCUGUGCUCGGCCAUUUCCUCCAAACACUUUCUAUUCAUGCACUUAUCCAAAUGUCUUCUGAAAGUUAUAACUGUACCUGCAUCCACCACUUCCUCUGAAAGUUCAUUCCAUUUACAAACCACACUGUGUGUAAAACAAAAUGUCCCUGAUAUCUUUUUAAAAUCUCUCACCUUAGCCUUGAAAUCCCCCACCCUGGGGAAAAGACACCCGCCAUGCACCUUAUCCAUUCUCAUGAUUUUAUAAACCUUCAAAAAUCGCCCCUCAACCUCCUGCACUCCAGUGAAAAAAAGUUUCAGCCUCUCCUUAUUACAUAAAUCCUCCAUUCCCAACAACAUCCUGGUAAAGCUUUUCUGAACCCUCUCCAGUUUGGUAGUAUCCUUUCCACAGUAGGGUGAGCAGAACUGAAUACAGCAUUCCAGAAGAAGUCUCACCAAAGUCCUGUACAACAUCAGCAUAUCGUUCCAACUCCUUUACUCAAAAGGUCUGAGGAAUGUAGGCAAGCGUGCUAAAUGUGAUGCAAACUCCAUCAUACUGUGGAUGAACUAUUAGGGCAGGCUGAGGAAUGUAGCAAUAUGAAAGGUGGUCAGGAUUAGAGAUUAAACCAUGUUUGGUUGAUGCUAUUACAGAAAGACUGAUGAAACUGAAGGAAAUAGGACAUAAUAAUGGUAGCAAAAUGGGUAAGGAAGAUGAUAAUGUACAACAAAGGAAGGGUAAUAUGAUCAAGGAGAAUAGGUUUAGGAAUAGAAAUGGGGCACAGAAGAGAUAUGCUAGAAGGAAAUCAUGUUUUAAAACAGCUCAACCACUAUAUAAAACUAAAAGGCAACAACUUGUUAGAGUUGAUGGGAGGACCUUCUAAUUGUUUAUGCCCCCUUAGUAGGAAUGAUCAGGAAAGAAUAUUUAAAGAGAAGCUCUCUUUGCCCAGCAAUAAAGCAAAUAUUACCAGGUACACAACUUACAAGAGUAUUAUUCAGAUUGAUCGUUUAAUGGAUCCUUUGAGUAAAGAAGAGGUAGACGAAGCCAUCAGGGGGACAGACCCGAAAACGGCUGCAGGACCCAAUGGAUUGGGAUUUCAGGACAUCCAGGCAAAUCAUUAUAAGGAUAUAACUCAUUUAGUCAGAUUAUUUACCUUGUGGAUGAAAACUGGUGUUAUUUCUGAUAGUUUGAAGAAUAGCAGGUUAGUUAUUGACACUGAAGGCGAAUGAUAAGGGUAGUCUUAAGGGAUAUUGAUAACUGGCAGCUCAUCACCAUUGGGGCCUAUCCUACUAUGGACUUUUACCAGAAUAUUGGCGAAAAUACUUAGCAGAGCAGUAGAGCUGAAUCCAAGACAGAAGGGCUUCCCGGUAGCAACCUUGGGUUGUAAUGAGAAUGUGGUGAUUUUUCAGAAUAUUAUGAAGGGAGCCGAGAAGAACGGGAUGGAUUUAGCAGUGGUUUCUAUUGAUUUAGUGAAGGUAUUUGAUGCAACUGGGCACAAGAUGCUUGUUAGAACCUUGGAAAGAAUAUCCCUCCUGAGAGAUUUUAUUAAAUUAAUAGUGAAUUUAUAUAUGAAUAAUACAACAGUAGUGGAGGGAUAUAACUGUAAGACUGAUAUUAUACAAGUAGCUUGUGGUGUUAAUCAAGGCGAUCGUCUGUCUGUCAUUGUAUUUAAUAUCGCUGUGGAUCCAUUAGUAAGCACCCUAGAGGAAGUAGGAUCGGGCAUUACUAUUAACUUGAAAUGAGAAAUUGUUCACUGUACAGCUUUGGAGUUCGUAGACAAUGUAGCGCUGGUAAGUGGGUCUCACAUGGGGAUGGCUCACAACCGUAAGACUGUUCAAUGCUUUUGUGACAACAUGGGUCUCACAAUUAACAUCAAGAAGACCAGGGGUUUUCAUUUUGUGUACGAAGGUAAAACAUUUUUGUGUUGUCAUCUAAAGGAACUGAAAUUUGGUGGAAUUGAGGUUCAGUAUAUUGUCCCAGGUGAGACCAAGAAAUACCUGGACUCUCAAGUGAAUCCAUGGAUGGGCAUUAAACUGUCCGACUAUGAGAGCAAAUUGAAAGAAUGGGCAGAGAAUUUGAUAAGAUCAGCCCUUCGCCUGAUGCAGAAAAUUGAGUUUAAGAAUUAUUUUAUACCUAGGUUGCAUCAACAUUUUGUCUUAGCAGAGACACCCCAGAAUAUUUUAUGAAACUUGGACUCUUUCAUUCGAGGUUUUAUCAGGGAAAUUUUACAUCUACCCCUAUCUACAUUGGAUGGAUUCUAUAUGCUUGCAAUAGAUAUGGUGGGUUAGAGAUUUCAUGGCUGGAAGUGCAAAUCCCAUUUGCUGUUUUGAGAAAACAUGUGGCGCUUCAAUAAUCUGAGCAUAAGGUCUCCCAGGCAUCGUUCCAUUUUAGUAUGGAGAAUAAUUUGGAUAUAAUAGAGGAGCUGAGGAAAUUAAAGGUAAUGCAAGUGAUUUGGUUCGCCUGGAGACGCUGGCAUACAGUUUGAAGAGGAGAUGGAUAUGGAAGAGAAAAAGGAUUUGGUGAGCAUGUUAAGCCCAAAUUACAAAGUUUGGAGGGGGACAGAGUGGUUGAAAUGGAUGUCCUUAUGGUGCCAGGGAUUAGCAGUGAAGUAUUUUAAGAAUGAUAUCAAAUACUUGAGUCAAAAAUGGCCGUUACUAUGAAGACAUCAAAACUGAUUAACACUUUGCUAUCGUGGUGCAAUUUGUAUCUAACCAGAGCAACAUGGACCCAUUGGGAAGAUCUCUUUUUAGUAAGAAAGAGCUGGAGGUGUUAAGCUUCAUUAAAGACGCUUCCUCACAUUUCUGGAUGGCGUCCGUCAGUGAAAAAUAUAUGGAUAAAGAGGCAUAAGAAGACAAUGGAAAAGUUAUAGCAGUGUGUGUAAAUAUGGUUGGAAGACCUUUGAAGGGCCUUAGAUAAGUGAGGAUACCAGCAAGUUGUGGAAACCAGAUUUAACUUUACAAAAAGGUUCAGUGGUAGUUGUCAUAGAUGUGAUGGUGUGAUUUGAAAAUGGAGAGGAGGCAUUGGAAAAGGCUUGGGAUGAAAGCUUAACUACAUGUAAACAUUUACCAGAACAGAUUAUGGGGUCAAUGAAUAUAGAUGUGCCAUUGUUUUAUGGUUUUGUUAUGGGUGCUAGAGGAAAAUGGACAGAAACAAGCAGUAAGCUUAUGAACUGUCUUGGGUGCAGAAUUUUAAGUUUAUCACCCGGGAAGUGUCUCAUGUUACUAUUUCAUUGACUGUCAAAAUUUUGCAAAUCUUUGGUGACUGCUAAACAGGUUAGCAGAUGAACGUCAGUUACACUCUGAGGACAAUUUUAAUGCUUGCUUGGUUUAUUUGCAUGUUUUACAGUCCACUUAUAUAUAUUUAUUUAUUUGUUGAUUUUAAGAUUAUUUUAAUGUUUUAUUUUCUUUUAAAGCAGUGGUUUUAGUUAAUAAAGGUUGUUUACUUCAGUCACUAGUAAGGGUGGUAGGUGUAUGGCAUUUGCUUAAUAUUCACAAAAACACAUCGCAAGAUGUUAGAUAACAAAGUGUGGAGCUGGAUGAACACAGCGGGCCAAGCAGUGGUUGGAUUCUCCAGCAUCUGCAGUUCCCAUUAUCGCUGAAUAAAUUUUAACCUCACAAGAUGCUAAUGUGGGUAUAGAUGCUAACCGAAUGGUUGUGUUACCUUUGCCGUCAGUUCCCGCUCUUGGUGUGCAGCUCUGUGAUCAAAGGUGCCCUUUCCCCGUCACUGUAAGAACUAGCUUAGCUCAGCUAUAUAGAGGUGACCUUUGCCAUGUCGAUGAGCAAUGUUAAAACUCGGCAAGUGCACUGCUAUUUUGCAGUGUUUCAAUGUAGCCAAAUGCCUCCUUAUCUAAGCACGGGUUUCUGUGUUCUACGGCACUACCUAAUGCCCUAUUUUUAAUUGUAUAAAUCCCGCCCUUGUUUGUUUUACCAAAGCGCAAUACCUUGCAUUUAUGCAAAUUAAACUCCAUCUGCCACUCCUCAGCCCAUUAAUGCAAUUGAUCGAAAUCUCUUUGUAAUCUUAGAUAACCUUCAGCAUCCAUUAUACCACCAAUUUUGAUGACAUCUGCAAACUUAUUAAACAUGCAUCCUAUAUUAUCAUCCAAAUCAUUUGUAUAAAUGACUGACAAAACUGCGCCCAGUGCCAAUCCCUGCGGAACCCUGCUGGUAACAGGCCUCCAGUCUGAAAAAUAACCUUCCACCGCUAAUGACAGUCUGUCUCCUACCUGAAGCCAUUUUGUAUCCAUUUGGCAAGCUCACUCCAAAUCCUAUGUGAUCUAAUUCUACAAAUUAGUCUAUCAUGUGAAAUCUUUUCAAAAGCUUUACUAAAAUCCAAGUAAAUAAUGUCUACCACUCUGCCUGUAUCAAUUCCUUAGAAAACUCAUUUGUGUGGUUUAAAACAUUUUUUUUGCCCAUGUGUAACAUCAGAAUUAGCUCUUGGAACAAGAUAAUAUGCUGAAUUUUGAAAUAACUCCACAAAGGGCUGGUAUCCCAUAGCCAAGUCACCCUUUAUUUACACAUGCAUAGCACUUGAUGCUGGUCUGGCCUCCUCAAAGCCAUCUCCCUGAGUAAACAGAAGCUCUGACACUGCUCCCUGAUUGCACCAAGUUAACAGCCCCAAUCAGGGAAUUCAUAUUUUGUGAAGUCCACCUGGCUGACCUCAUUACAAUCACUACAUCCCUCCCCCUCUACGUCCAGGGAUGGAGACCUGUUCUUGUAGCCUGUGCUGGGGCGCCCUCAGAUUGGGUCCGGUUCCUCUGAUUCAGCCGUGAAUACGGGCAAUGUAUAAGAUUGCAGACCGCCACUUCGGCACGGAGCAUCUCAGAAAAAAAGUUCAUCCCCUUCUUCAGAUGGUAAAAGCAUUGAGGCUGCGACAUUCACAGUGUCCAUCUCAGAUUCUAAACUUUCUUGGAUGCUGGAUGGACAGGGAGAGGCCAUGGCUUCCGACAGCCUUUCUGGGCAGUUUUGAUGGGCCGCCUAUGUUUUCCUGCUGCCCAAUUUGUGGGUUUGCACCUUUCAUGUGGCCCACGUGCUUGUUUAGGACCACCUCACCUCCCUGAGCUUUGUACAUCAUGGGACUUGACCUUGCGUCGACCGUGCCUCCUGGUCAUGUGUUUCCGUGGUGUUGGCACCAAACUUCAUCCCCUGAAGUAAACUGUCUCCCUCGCUUAGAGAAAUCUCAUGUUUGGCAUUGGCAUUCUUGAUGCCAUUUCACUGCCCCGCCGUCUGGGAAGACCAAUCUUAAUCUAAUGCGGAAUCUAUUCCCCAUUAGCAACCCUGCCAGAGCCCUGCCUGUAGUUACAUGGGCAGUGGUCCGAUAAUCAAAUAGGAACCAGCACGGAGAUAGUAGGAACUGCCGAUGCUGGAGAAUCUGAGAUAACACAGUGUGAAGUCGGAGGAACACAG